AUGGUGUUUCGGUUGAUAUACUUGCUGGUACUGCUCUUCAUACAUUUGAAGAGCGGUCAACAGUUGUAUCAGACCAGCGAUGUGAUGUCACGACCAGGUCUCUUUACAGCUGGAGCUCCCCAUGUCAGUCCGUACACUGUAGCCAUCAUCAGGGAAAACAACUGGCACAAAAGAUGUGCUGGCACGCUUAUCUCUGAUUCUUUUGUACUGACUGCAGCUCAGUGUGUAGAUUGUGAGUCUGCCGAGGUAAUACUGGGAGCAUACGACAUCCUAGUCAGAGAAAAAACUCAAGUCCGACAAUAUAUUUCUGAAGAUGACGUCAUAUUCCAUCCAUAUUAUGACCCCAGAACUUUGGAUAACGACAUAGCUCUUGUAAAGCUCCCCAUGUCUGUGAAAUUAACUCCGUUCGUGAAUAUAGCUGAACUACCAGAUGAAGACUUCCAUUUGGACUACGGAACCAAGGCGUACGUUACAGGGUGGGAAAAACGUCUGGCUGGCUAUUCUAACAUCCUUACUCAAGCAGAAGUCUCCAUUCUCAGCAAAGAUAAAUGCAUAAGCUUUUGGCCAACUGCCCGCAUCGCCGAUAACAAAUUUUGCGGCAGCAACACCAGGAGGGAAGGUCAAAUUCCGCACCUCCUUGGAGCCGACUGCAUCAUCGACCCCGGCAGUCCCCUGACUCUUCACGGUAAUCCGGAUAUACUCAUCGGCUUCGUAUCAGGGGAUGCUAGGUGUGGUUCGCUCUUGCCGGAAAUCUUCACCAACGUCGCCAGUCACAAGAAAUGGAUCGAUGAAGUGGUUGGUAGUUCCAAAGGAAUAUCGUCGGAUUAUCUUAAAAAUGAAUAUAUGGGGCAAUAG